CCAACCACCAGAGCAAUUUCUUGUUUGAAAGGGUUAGAAGUUACCCCAGACGGUUGUAAAUUGUUAUCAACUUACAUCACUGAAAACUUAGGAAUUGAGUGUGGUGCUUUAUCUGGUGCUAACUUAGCUCCUGAAGUUGCCAGAUGCAAGUGGUCUGAAACCACAGUUGCGUACAACAUUCCAACGGACUAUAAAGGUGCAGGUAAAGAUAUCGACAGAGUAGUUUUGAAAGAAGCAUUCCACAGACCAUACUUCCAUGUUAAUGUCAUUGAGGAUGUUGCAGGUGUUUCCGUUGCCGGUGCCUUGAAAAACAUUGUUGCCAUUGCUGUCGGAUUUGUAGAAGGAUUAGGCUGGGGUGAUAAUGCUAAAUCAGCUAUUAUGAGAGUUGGUUUAAUCGAAACCAUCAAGUUCUCGAAUAUGUUCUUCCCAGAUUCAAAGCCAACUACUUUCACUCACGAAUCCGCUGGUGUUGCCGAUUUAAUCACUACAUGCUCUGGUGGUAGAAAUGUUAAGGUUGGUAGACAUAUGUCUAAAACGGGAGAGUCUGCCCAAGAAGCGGAAAAGAAAUUAUUGAAUGGUCAAUCUUCUCAAGGUAUUAUCACUGCGAAGGAAGUCCACGAAUUAUUAUGUAAUGUUGGUAAGACUGAUCAAUUCCCAUUAUUUGAAGCUACUUAUCAAAUUAUCUACGGUGAUGAAUCUAUUCACAACUUGCCAAACUUAUUAGAAGACCAUUCAUUAUUCAAAUAG